AUGCUCGUAUCAUCAAGUCGAAAUAUACCUCUAUUUGUUGGGAUAUCACACCCUUAUCCACGAAAUAUUAUUUUUAACAAAAAGGAUUGCGAUCCCCCAUGCAAGUAUAUUUACCUGUUCAACCUAGUUUUCAAAGGUGGCAUGACGUGGGACAUCUUUCCAACAAUGUUUCUUGUCAGAAUAAGAAAAAAUGAAAGACCUUUUGCAAAAAGUUGGUUCUACACAGAAAUGACGAACAAAGAAGAACUUAGUGGCGUUAACACAAUUGACUGUCAAUCGGUUUUUGGUGGUGAAGUAGCGCAUGAGAGUCGUAAAGUAUUGAACACAAAAGAGCUACCAGAGUGUUCGGCAUCGGAUAACGGCAAAAAGUGUCCGCUUGCAUUUUAUUUGACACAUAUCUUCAUUACCGAAUACAGAGUUUGUGUGCAUAAAGACUUCGGAAAAGUGAUUGUCGUUACGUCUAGUACAAUUACAUCGUCUACCCUGCUCUUCGAAAAGCAAGGUUCUUUGUAUUUUUUAGGAUAUUAUCAGUCUGAUUUUCAAGAGAUAAACCAGGGUCUUUAAAGUCUUCACACCCUUUAAGUUUUUGGCCAUUGCAAAAGCUACAUCAAAUAAAAUCAAGUCGGGUCUUCUUGGUUUUUAUAACCUCAGCAGCAGAUAAUCAGACCUUGUUUAUAUUCGAGUGCGCCUGUCUAUAAUUUAUGUCUCCACUAGGCGUAACCCUGAUAGAUGGCUUCUCAGUGUUCCCACAAUGAGGACUAGUUGGGUUCUUGCUCCAGCAUACAAUAAACGGGGUGUAGUCCUUUUUUGGGCCUAUGAGUAUUUUUGUUGUUCCACUCUCCGUAAAGCUUGAGACAAAUUGUGAACUAAAAAUCAUAUUCAGUUAUUUAGCAAUCGGCUACAUCUUACGUCUUAAUAUAAUUCGGCAUUUCUUAAGGAAUGUAAUCUUCUGUUAUAACAAUGUUUUGACCUGACAUUGUGUGUUGUUAGUGUACUGGGUUUAGGCAAAGAAAGAAAAAAACACCGAAAGUGGGC